UCAUUCCGGAAAUGAGCCCCUCCGGCACGCGAAGCCUUCCCUCGAGGACGGGAUCCUCGUACGUCAGCGCCGCUCGGACUUGCUCGGCGCUCUCCCCCCCCCUCCGCGGCCUUUCCUGAUGGCGGAAGUGACGCCACUGUGGAGGGCCAGGGCUUCCGGUGCGCAAGCCACAGUGGCCCGGCUAGAGAUGGAUCAGCCCGCGGAGAGGAGGCAGAAACGUCAGAUGAAGUCAAAGGAGCAACAGUGAGGUGGAAAAAGAAACAGAGAUUGUGUUCUUCCUCUGCAGUUUGGCAGAGCACUAAGAUGUCUGUGGACAUGAACAGCCAGGGCUCUGACAGCAAUGAAGAGGACUAUGAUCCAAACUGUGAUGAAGAGGAAGAGGAGGAAGAUCCCGGGGACAUUGAGGAUUACUAUGUGGGGGUAGCAAAUGACGUGGAACAACAGGGAGCGGAUGCCUUUGAUCCUGAGGAGUAUCAGUUCACCUGCCUGACUUACAAGGAGUCGGAGAGCACUCUGAAUGAACACAUGGUCAACUUGGCCUCUGCAUUAAAGGUGUCUCAUGCAGUUGCUAAACUCAUACUAGUUAGCUUCCACUGGCAAAUUUCAGAAAUUUUGGAAAGGCACAAGUCCAAUUCUGUUCAGUUGCUAGUAGAAGCACGAGUUCAGCCUGCCUCAUCCAAGCAUGCCCUGGUACAUUCCUCCCAACACUGUGCGGUAUGUAUGCAGUUUAUCCGAAAGGAAAACUUACUGUCGCUGGCUUGUCAGCACCAGUUCUGCCGCAGUUGUUGGGAGCAGCACUGUACAGUACUCGUCAAGGAUGGAGUUGGAGUUGGUAUCUCCUGCAUGGCUCAGGAUUGUCUACUCCGGACCCCAGAAGAUUUUGUGUUUCCAUUGCUACCUAGUGAGGAGCUGAAAGACAAAUACAGACGCUACCUCUUCAGGGACUACAUUGAGAGCCAUUUCCAGCUUCAGCUUUGUCCCGGUGCAGACUGCCCUAUGGUCAUAAAGGUACAGGAGCCCAAAGCCCGCAGAGUGCAGUGCAAUCGCUGCAAUGAAGUUUUCUGUUUCAAGUGUCGGCAGAUGUACCACGCUCCUACAGAUUGUGCCACCAUCCGAAAAUGGCUCACUAAGUGUGCGGAUGACUCUGAAACAGCUAACUACAUCAGCGCUCACACUAAAGAUUGUCCCAAGUGCAAUAUCUGUAUCGAAAAGAAUGGUGGUUGUAAUCACAUGCAAUGUUCCAAAUGCAAACACGAUUUCUGCUGGAUGUGUCUGGGGGACUGGAAGACACACGGCAGCGAAUACUACGAAUGCAGUCGGUACAAAGAGAAUCCUGAUAUUGUAAACCAGAGUCAGCAAGCACAGGCGAGGGAGGCCCUUAAGAAGUACUUGUUCUAUUUUGAAAGGUGGGAAAACCACAACAAAAGCUUACAGCUGGAGGCACAGACAUACCAGCGAAUUCAAGAAAAGAUACAAGAAAGAGUGAUGAACAACUUGGGGACAUGGAUAGACUGGCAGUAUUUACAGAAUGCAGCAAAGCUAUUAGCUAAGGUGUGUGCAUGGGUAGCUCACAUUCGUGAAGUACAGUUUAAAUAUGUUUUAUACAUCAAUUUCCAUCCAAUACGCUCAGAGCAGCAGAUCCGGGAUGGGCUAAGAAGCACUCCUUCCCCUAUGUUUUUCAUUCUGCUUUGCAUGUUGUCAGGUUUUGUUUUUUGUUUUUUUCAGUUUGAAUACCAGCAGGCUCAGCUGGAAGCAGAAAUUGAAAAUCUCUCAUGGAAAGUGGAAAGAGCCGACAGUUAUGACAGAGGAGACUUGGAGAAUCAGAUGCACAUAGCUGAACAGAGGAGGAGGACCCUGCUGAAAGACUUCCAUGACACAUAAAGUAACAGGAGUUAGUCCAGGUGCAGGGGUAAGAGCAAAGAGCAAGACGGCGGGGACAGCGGCAAUGGAAGCAACAUGAGAAACUGGCCACCCAUCGCCCCCUCUCACAGAGAAGGGCUGAGGACAACACUUCACCCUCCCCAUGCAAUCCAGAAACGAGCUAGCACCACAGUUUAGUCUUCUGUUUUUUUCUCCUCUCUUUCCGCUUUUCAUUUUUGCCGGGCUUAAGAGGCUGGAGUUCAGAUUGGCACCUUUUCCUGUGACUUUUUCCUCCCCAGCUCUUGGAUUGUUCUGGGAGGGAGUUCUGGUUUUUUUUCCCCUGAAUGGCUUUUAAUAGUAUUAGAUCAUUACAAACUUGUGUAAUUUUCAACGGUUGUACAAUUAUACAAAAGAAACCUUAGAAUAACACAACCCCCCCUUUUUAAAAAAUAAAUCGAAAUUGGAGUGUGUUUCCUUUUUAAUAAGCUGCUUGCAAACUUAGUGGCUGCUUCUCUUCUUUUCUUCUACUUCCCCUAAACCCUCUUUGCACUGAAGGUUAUGAAACAGUCCAGUUGUCUGUUCGCACCCCUUACGUGCACUUUUUUAUGUAUUGCUUGCCCUGUGACUGUGCGAGAUGAACAGUGCCUAGGCCAAGGGACAUCAGCAGUGGCCAGGAUCAGCAUAUUGCUGUUCUGCUCUUCUCCAGCUCUGCAGCAGCAGGAGGGCAAAGCUCGAGGCAGCAUGGGAAAUGGCUCCAUUCCUACUGUUCCAUCAGCUUGAGCCGAUCUCCUGCAUGGAUUUGUUGCUUUCCUUUGUUUCUUUUGGAAUCUUCUCUUCUGCCAGAAAUAAAAUACUUGAAUAGUUAUGUGGGUACAACCUCACUUCUUGGUAGCAAGACUACAGGAUUUGUAUCUUUGCGAGGAGGUUAUAGAAUGAGCCACGUUCCGUCCACGCCUUGCUUUAUCUGUGGAACUCAGUCAUGCACAACCUUUGCAUGGCUGUAAGGCAGUACAUCAAGUUCAUUCCUCCUCGUUUGGGCAAGGCUAGCCUUCCCUGCUGUGUAUUGAGGGAAAGCUGUUGCACUUAUCACAAUGCUUGAUUAAAAAAAAACCUGGCAGCUUAAGAGAAGACCUUGGAAACAAGUUCCAAUGGUAAAUGUGUACCACUCUCCUAGAAACUACUCUAGCAUUGGCUGAAAAGCAGCCAGUAGAUUUGAGGAAAGUAGUACACAUUUAACCUUAAUGUUCAUAAUGGCUUAUUAUUGGCAAGGGGCUUGACACUAGUUUUGAUGGCAGAUUUUCUUCCAUUUAUGCUAGAGGAUAUCUGAACAACUGAUGUACAGACACUGCCAUGUUAGCUAUGUGAGGAAUAUACCUGAUUAUGUUAAUCAUCUGCUUGGAGGAAGAGAGAUCCAUUGCCUUUCUCCUGAACUUGUUUUGAUUGCAGAUUUGAAACGAGAACAUCCUUGCCACUUUAUUUACAAAAAAAAAGUUGCACUGAGCUUUCCUUUGUGCAUUUUUGGAUUUGGAUAAGAAGGGUUGAUUAGGAUCAUUAUUUUCUACUUUUUCUCCCUGCCUUUCUGGUCUUUUAGUGGGAACUAUUUUAUCAGUGAUUGACCUUUAUUUCCUAGCUCAUCUGCCAUGCCACCCGCUUCUCCCUUCAGCUGCUGCUACUACUACCUCAGGCACUCCAACGGAAAAUAUUAUAACCACCAUUUGCUUGCUAUGUGUCCUAUAUGAUUGUCUCCAUAUCCUGUGGUCUAUUAACUGCAGAUUUAAUAAGUAGGGAAGAAGUUAGUAGGCUAAGUUUAAUUGCCUAAAAGAAGAGGAGAGACUUCUUCCCCCUUCAUUUCUCUUGCUUCCUGGCUCCAUUCAUUCUUCCCCAUUCUAUUAGUCUUUUAUAGUUCUCUUGUAGCUGAUACAGCAUGAUGACCUCAUCAGCCUUGCUCCUUUAACCCAUGUCUAUCUGAUGUAAGCAGAGAUCAUGUGAUUGUGUUCUUUUGACUAUAAAUGUUUCAAUUUCUGCAUGAAGUCCACAUCUGGGCCUUGAUAUAUAGAAAGAGCCAACAUUGUUUGGCAAGUACAAAAAAGUUCAGCUUGUGUGUGACUUUAAUUAUCUACAGGAUACAUUAGCAUUCAUUCUGUCAUUCUUUUGAUGAGGUGUAGUACAUGAAGUGCAAGCACAGGAUUAUUUAGUUGACCCAGCUGCAGUUGGAUAAAGAUCAACCUCUGAAUAGGGAGAAGUAAUUUCUGCUGUUAAAACACUUACCUGACUUCCUUGCUUGCGUACAUGAUGUGCAGUCUUUGAAGGAGUUGAUUUUAACUUAAAAUUAGGCUGAGAUGUCUGGCUUGUUGAAUUUACUGAAUUCAGGAAUACAUGUACGGAACUGUCCACUGCAAAAGGGAGAGAUGUGUGACUUGCACUACAUCUAGCAAAACACUUCUGAGCUGGUUGAAUGUGAUGGCAGCAUCCUUACAACCUCCAAUGCCAAACUGAGUUUCUAAGCUUGUAGCCUCCAUGAUUUAGCAAUCAGAUCAAACAGCUGGCAUCACAUUAUAGACUGCAUAAGAUAGUAUUGUAUCACUUAGGGCUCCUUCUAGCAUUGUGCAAGUGGACUGCCUUGCCUUCUUCUCCCUCACAACUUCCCACCUACCACCAAAUUUGCUUGGAAGGAUUUCCAUUUGGGGAAUGUUGAGGGGCUGUGGUGGCUCAGGGUUUUCAUUCUGUUCCAUUGUUGGAUGGAUACAAUUGGAUUUCACCAUAAUAACUGCAGCCAGUUUUGGAACUGGUGGCAUUCAUCUGUGUCCCAGAGUUUAUGGAUCUGUAGAAUAUUUCUCUUUUUUUUUUCUUCCAUAUUCUGCAAGUGCAUAAUGCUCAGGCAUUGCUCCAGAGGGUUUUUUGUCUUGUUUUUUUUUAACUGAUGGGAAUAGGCUGUGCUCUAGGAACAUAUACUGGUUUCAUGCUGGAAAAAUACAGUGGUGUUUUUAUUCACCAUAGUGAUGGUCCCAGAAUAAAAAGUACGCCUUCUUUUCUUAAAUCCCUGCAUGCCAGAGCAAGCUGUUUGGGGUUAGCAAGUCUGUGGUAAGAACUGAUGGCAUCUGAACUCCGUGUAUAGGAGCGGGUGAAUAUAUGAUCUUCCAGAUGUUGAAUGGCAACACCCUUCAUCGCUCUCUCUUUGCUGUUCUAGGGCUGAUGGGAGUUGUAAUCCAAUAACUUUGUAGAGUGCCACAUGUUCCCCAGCCCUGGUUGUUGUAUUAAACUCCCCCCAUUUCAGGUUAACAUCCUUUACUGGGAGCUCACGUCUUCCUCUUUUUCUGCAAGAUUUGAGCCUGAGCCAACCUGGCAGCUAUUUUCAUCCUUCACUCUGCUUUUUUUUAAAAUUUUGGCUUGGCUCACCUUUAUCUCCAAUAAUGCUUAUUUUAUUUUAAUAAAACAUCUAGUAUUACCUGUCUCUGUUCUCUUAGAAAGAGAUACAGAACAGCAAAGGCAAUAUUUUUGCACCUACUCCUGAUUGUGAAUACUAUAGAUAUUCAAGUUAUGCCAGGUUUUCCUGGCCAGGAGAAUUCUGUAACUCAAAAAGCUUGCACGCAGGUAUCGAGAUUGUACAAUUAGGAGAGAGACCCUCUAAUCAGGUUUUUUUUAUGUUUUGGGUUUUUUUGGUGGUCUUCGAGCACUCCUUACUUUGUAGCAGCAGCCAGGAGUUUUUCUGUCGACAACCUGAAACUGAGUGUCAUCUUCGUGCCAUGCUCCUGCUACAGGAAAAAACAGAGACUCUAUCCCUAUCGCUGCACUGUCUCAAUUCAUUUAAAGCUUUUUUUUUU